CACCCAUUCUUCCCCAUCAUGCAGGCCUCGGACCGGACGGGCGCUCCUUUAGACCGACAUGGUUUAAACACCAACCUCGUCGCCGGUGGGCGUUGCUUGCCCUAAUCGCAUACCGUAUCGCAAGCCCUCGAACCGAGAGAGUAUGAGUUUCCAGACUUUUCCACCUACGUUCAAUUAACGAUCGCGAUCGAACUCAAGGCUUGCACAUGAUGGCUCCGGCCUCGCAUCCUCAGGACGAAGUGUACGAGCUCUCGCUUAAGAACCCGGACGCCUUCUGGGGCAAACAAGCGGAAUAUGUGCAUUGGCACAAAAAGCCCUCCCGGGUCCUGGAGAAGUCCACGAAGAAGCUUAAGAGUGGCGUAGAGCAUCCGACCUGGCGAUGGUUCCCCGGUGGUGAAAUCUCCAAUUGCUACAACUGCUUGGACAGACAUGUGGAGGCGGGGAAUGGGGAUAAUGUUGCCAUUUACUGGGAUAGUCCUGUGAGUGGGAGCAAAGAAAAGUACACGUACAAGCAGGUCCUGCGCGAGGUUGAAGUGCUCGCUGGUGUCCUGCGAGAGGAGGGUGUAAGAAGAGGCGACGUAGUAGUCAUCUACAUGCCCAUGAUUCCAGCGGCGCUCUUCGCCAUGCUCGCCAUCAACCGUAUCGGCGCCAUACACGCCGUCGUUUUCGGCGGGUUCUCACCACCCUCGCUUGCGCAAAGGCUUGAAGCGUCACAGCCAAGAGUUAUCAUGACUGCUUCUUGCGGAAUUGAAGGGAACAAAGGGCCAAUCGAGUAUCAGUCACUCAUCAGGCAAUCGAUAGAAAAGAGCUCGUUCAAGCCCGAAAAGAUCAUUGUCUGGCAGCGUGACCAGCUGCGGUGGGAUCCAAUCAUAAAGGAAAACGGCGAAAGAAAUUGGCAAAGACUGGUAAAAAGUGCGAGAAAUCGUGGCUUGAAGGCAGAUGCUGUUCCAAUUGGUAGCAAUGAAGGCAUCUACAUUAUUUACACUUCAGGCACGACUGGCACGCCGAAAGGCGUAGUACGCGAGGCUGGCGGUCACGCGGUGGGUCUUAAUUUAUCGAUCCAAUACCUGUUCGGCAUCCGUGGCCCAGGCGAUGUUAUAUUUACAGCGUCAGACAUUGGUUGGGUCGUCGGACACUCCUUCAUUGUCUACGCUCCCUUGUUAGCUGGGGCUUCCACGGUCCUCUUUGAGGGCAAGCCAAUAGGUACUCCCGAUGCUGGCACAUUUUGGCGAAUUGUGGAGGAGUACAAGGUCAAUACUAUGUUUACCGCGCCAACAGCGUUGCGCGCAAUCCGUCGUGAGGACCCCGACAACGACUUCAUUGGAGCAGUUGGCCGCAGAAGUGGUCUCAGGUCCCUGCGCGCAUUAUUUCUGGCAGGUGAGCGGAGCGAACCUAGUAUCGUGCAGAUGUACCAGCAUCUUCUGGAGAAAUUCGGAGCAAGAAACGCCAUGGUCGUCGAUAAUUGGUGGUCAUCCGAAUCUGGCUCCCCCAUCACAGGACUUGCUCAGGCAGCGAAUGCUGGAAAAGAUCUCAAGACCAAGACUGAAUCCAAGUCCCUGCGCAUGAAGCCUGGCUCUGCUGGGAAACCUAUGCCAGGAUUUGAUGUCCGAAUUGUUGAUGACGAAGGUAAAGAACUCCCAGUAGGAAGUAUGGGCAACAUAGUGGUAAGUCUUCCGUGGUCGCCUACUGGAAUGACCACCUUGUGGAAAGACGAAGAGCGAUUCUAUCGAGGCUAUUUGAAGAGAUUUGGUGGAAAGUGGCUCGAUACCGGAGAUGCUGGCAUGAUUGAUGAGGACGGCUACGUCCAUGUGAUGUCCAGGGCAGAUGAUAUCAUCAACGUGGCAGCUCACAGGUUCUCUACUGGAGCCAUCGAACAGGCUAUUGCCUCGCAUCCUGAUAUUGGUGAAUGUUGCGUUGUUGGCAUACCUGAUGCCAUGAAAGGACACCUGCCGUUCGCUUUCGUAUCUCUAGCGAAGCACGAUCACCCGCACGACGCUGUUCCGGCCGAUGCUCUGUUCAAGGAAGUCAACCAGGCUGUACGAACGCAAAUAGGAGCCAUCGCGUCACUGGGCGGCAUGAUACAAGGAGCGAAGAUGAUUCCCAAGACACGAAGCGGCAAGACGCUAAGACGAGUGCUUCGAGAACUGGUUGAAAACGCAGUGCAUGGGGACUUCGACAAAGAAGUUGCAGUCCCAACGACCAUUGAAGAUGUCGAGGUCGUCAAUGUCGCCCGUAGCAAGAUCAAGGAAUAUUUCGAGAAGAAGGGCAGUCUCCACCGGUCGAUCGAGGCCAGGGCCAAGUUGUGAUUGCCUCGCUGGCCCAUUGCGUUCAUCAUAUGCUUCCGAGAUAUUGUCUGCCGAAUCUUUCCUAGUCCCUCGUUCCACACAUCGAUCUUUUGCUUCGCCGAGACGCGGCUAGAUCAUAGCUUCAAGACUCAAUCGGAUGAAUUUUCAGCCACUGCUCUUUCUCCCCUUAUUUUACCCCGCAAAGAGAUGAUGCGCCUUGCAGAUCCGCAAGGGCUGUGUAAAAAGCUGAAAGAAAUUGUACGAUAGGUAGAUUUCGGAAAUGCAACGACGAAAAUUUGUUUUGUGCAUGCUACCGAGGCAGAGUGCAACGAAUCAUAAUUCGCCCUAUGCUUAGGCAGAUUCAAAUCGCGUCUCGCUUCAGGUGUUGGCAGAUAGUUCUUCCUUUCGA